GGUGAAGGGUGAGACAUCCAAAUAACUGUUACUAGGCCCAAAUUGAAAGAACUAUUACUAGGCCCAAAUUAAAAGAAGUGUAGUUGUUGUUGGAUACUAUGUUUAAGGAUUGGGAGGUAGGAGGAAUGAAAUCACACACUACAUUCCUUGAGUGAAAAACAGAGUGAGGAUUGAAAGAUAGAACACAAUGGGGAAAGAACGUUAGGAAGAUAGCUCAAGUAAGAAAGGAAGAAUCGGCCAAGAUUUGGAAUUAAACGAGCCUAGUAUCAUUAUGUGCGUGGGGCCGCUUCUACUUCUUGACGCAAGAGUUGAGUUUUCCGCCCCAAGUCCCACAUCGCCUGGAUCUUUAUAUGCGUGACUGCCUCUCCUAUUAUAAAUUUGCCCCAUGCCCCAUGUCCCCUGUUUUUGGAUGCAAUGAAUUAGUCUGCUUCAUUAAGAUGUAUUCUCGCAUAUGUGGAGUUCCGUUUUGAAAUUGAGAGUGUUUCUGUUAGGAUUGUAUACAAGAAACCUUCCUGUUUAUUCCAAAUUUUCAUUGUGGAAUUUGGCAAAGUUUAAUAUUCUUUACACUUCUUACGUGAGAUUGGGUAUCCUCGUACUAUGGAAUCAUCAAGCCCAUCAAAGUACGCGUUUUGAAGAACGUAAGCACACACCAAUUGCCCAGCGGCUUUACCAAAACCUAUAAGUCUUGAAUCCAAUUGCCCAGCAUUACCAUAACCAACAAAAUAUCAUGUCUAUUAGAAACAUCCGCAACAAUCUCUGGUUGGUCUCAAUUCCUCAAUUUUGUAAUUCUACUUUUCACAUUUCGUUCUUCUCUAACACCCCAACUUCAAGUUCAGCUAUACUCCUUUCUCCUCCCCGCAUCUCAUUUGGGUGUUCAACUCUUUGCUUCCCCAAUCACCCUUUUGCGGGUUCUUCAACUCCUUGUUCUAAUGUUGAUAAUGGGCACUCACCCUUCAAUCUCAAUUUGCACUUUCAUACUCGCGUGUAUUUUUGUACUCGUACGUGUACUCCUUACUGGAGUAGGCCUCUUGCUACUUCAGAGCAGGUUUCUCAAAUCAUUGCACUGAUUCGUGAGGAUGGGGAUGAUUUGGUAGCCAAGUUGAAUAGUAUGAACGUGUCUUUGUCUCAUACGUCAGUUGUUGACGUUUUUCAGAUAUUAGCCAGUGACAGAGUGUCAGCAUUGCAGUUCUUUGAUUGGCUUAAAGUUUCUGAUCCUGAUAUUUGUUGUGAUCCGGAUAUAGGUAGCUUGUUUGUUAAUAACUGUGGGUUGUUGUGGAAUUUUGAGGCAAUGGUUCCUGUUUUGCGUGGAUUUAGCCUUAAAAGGGUGUUUUUGGGAAUAAAGACUUUUGGGUUUUUGCUGGAUUUAGGUUUGGACAAGACUUCUAGAAUGAAAUGUGUGAAAAAGAUUAUGAUCGUGUUCAAUGAGGUUGGCGGGGUUUAUCAAAGUUUUGGAGUUCAGUUGUUGAUAGAAAUGUUUGCUCUUUCAGGAUUUUUUGAGAUAGCUGAGUUUGUGAUAAGAACAGCGGGGAGAAAGGUUAAAAACUAUCAUGUGUUAAUGAGGAUAAUGUGUAAGAGAGGUGAUUGUAAAAGAGUAGGAGAUUUGGUUAAGGAGAUGGAGAGAAGUGAUUGUGAUAUGAGUGCAGGUACGUAUAAUUUGCUACUCAGUUGUCUAUGCAAGAGUGGUAAAAUUGAUGAAGCUUGGCAAGUGCUUGAAGAUAUGGAGAAAAACUAUGGUUUAACUAAUGAGCAUAGCUUUGGUAUUCUUAUUAACACAUUUUGUAAGAGGCAUCAGUUUGAUUUAGUUAUGAAGCUUCUUGAUAAAAUGACUCUGAAGGGUAUUGAACCAAGUAUUUUAACUCAUGCUGCGAUAAUAAAGUCCUAUUUUAAAUCAGGAAAGUACGAGGAAGCACACAUGUAUGUGAUUGGUUCUGCCGAUAAGCUUAGCUAUUCUAGCAAUGCAAACUACAGCUUGCUAGCUACCCUUCAUUUGAAUAAUGGGAAUGUUCUGCUUGCCAGUAAGGUUCUUUCUGAGAUGAUGGACAGGGGUCUUAUACCUAAUUUUGUAGCAUACAGAAAAGUUAGGACGCAUCUCGAGAAGAAAGGUGAAAAAGAUUUGUCUAUGGAAUUAUCAAGAAGGUUCUUGAGCGUGAUUGAAAAAUGAAAGAUUUUGAAUUUUACAUGACCAGAUGCUGUAAUUCCAGUCAUGUUUGCUUAAUAGUUGCUCUACAUACUGAGCGGUCCAGUAAUGACGUUUGCUUCUGCCAUUUUGCUGGUUUCAUCAUUGAUAAGUCUACAUUCUGCCAGUUUGCUCUACAUACUUGCUUAAUAUUGGUAAUUAUCCUUUACUGUUUUUUUUGUACCCAUUUUCGUUUUCUUUACAAUGCCUUCAAUUCCUUAUGAUAAAUCUGAAUUACAAAACCCAUUCACAGCAUUGCAUUGUACUAGUUGCAAUUUAUGAUUGAAAACUAUUUUUAAGUGGUCUAAAAUGAUCUUCAUGUUCCAAGAAUUCAGAAAUAAGUACUUGGCAGUCAAGAAUGAAGAUUCAAUGACCAUUACUGUGUUUGAGUCUCUCUAAUUCAAGAAAUUACCCAUUUAAUCUUCUUUUCUGUUAUACAUACCCUUUUUCUGCAUUUGCAUUUUAAUUCUGUUUUCGAUUCAGAAUUUAGUCUUCAACCUGUUUUUGUGAUGUGUUUUGUUUUUCUACUUUCUGAUUCAAGUUACAUCUCAGAAUUAUCAAUUGUUCAUCUCGGUAGUUGAAUUUUGUUCACCCAUAUUCCAGUUGUCAUUCCAACUCUGCCAUAGCAUACCCAAUAUCAUUCCCUGCAUCAGUUGCAUAUAGCUUAAUUAACUCAGUUAAGAAGUUUUGAGCAGGUCAAUAUGAAACAUUAGAGUUUGAUCAGUGGUUGUGUAGGGCACCACAGUGAGUUGCUUGGUAAAUAACUGAUAGGGUGUAUAUGUAUAUCUUCUACUGUUAUGGUAAUUGUCUUGUUCUAAGGUGUAUGUGGACUAGUAAUGUAUGAAGUUAGGAUAGUAAGAACUGUUUAGCUAUGUUAGAAUAAUUAAUAAGUCUACUUAUGUUAGUGUAGUAAGAGGAACUAAAGGAGGGAGUAGUCUGUUGGGUUAUCUAUAAUCAUUGUACCUAGCAGUCUAGGGCUGUUCCUUGACCUUCCAUCUCCCUAUUGUAUCAUCUUUUUAUCAAUAUAAAUAGCAGAACAGGAGAAGGGUCUUUCAAGUCUUUUAGAAAUACAUUUUUCUGUUUUAGAUCUCAAGUUGGUAUCAGACUGCUCUGGUUUCUGUCCUGUGUUGUCUACCAGCAUUGUCAUUGCUGUUCGCAUCUGCCCGGUGCCCUUUGUCGCUAUCCGCGGUUGUCUAGUCACUAUCUGCAGCUGUUAAUUGCAGUUUGGAGCUUUUCAUCUUGGUUUGCAGCUGUCCAUAGUCGUCUGCCGCCGUCCACCGCCGUUUGCCGUCACUGCUCCGUCCGGUGACCACUGGAUCUGGUUUGUCUCGCGCUCGUCACGCGACGACCAACCCACCGAUGCCGGAGUCUAAUUCUCCUCCACGCUCCGCCGUGCGCCGCUCCUUUGUGCACCACGAAUAGGCGCGUGCAGUUCACUCAAUUUUCAAGGACAAAAAUUUUUGAAGUUGGAAAGAAUGUAAAACCCGGAAAAUUAAUACAGCUUUAUGCACAAGUUAUUUGUUGGAAUAUAUAUUGUUAAUAAAAUGAGUUAUACUUUUGUACAAGUGCCUUGUGGUUUAAUUAGUAGGAGUUGUUAUGGUGCAAAUAAUGUGUGCUUGUUUAUACGGUCUUACUUUUAUAUAGGCCAUUAGGUAGUAAUUAAAUAUCUAUUAAAUGUUAAUAAAAAUCAAAAGAAAUGAAUCGGUGUAGUGGUAGCAUUGUGGUUGGUGGUGUGAAGCUUGGGGCGUCCCAAACUCGAAGCCAGGGGGAACCAAAAGUGUUGUGUUUUUAUUUAGCUUUCUUUUACUUGAUUUUUUGGGCUUUAUUUUGUUUGCCUGGGAUGAGAAACUCAAAGAGAAACCCUACAAGCAAGCGAGAAGUGGCGACGAACCCUAGUCUCAUCACCAAUUCAAAGAAACCUUCAAUUCUUCUCUUCUCUUUGUUUUUGUUUUUGCAUCCUUGAAAACACAAACCCUAGGGCUAGGGAGGAGUAAUGCGACAUAGGGGAGGGAGAGAGCAUUCAAUGCUCGAGUAAAACGAAAGGGGGAGUGAAUGUCGAUUUUUGGUGAUGCAGAGAGCUAGGGAGAGGGAAUCUGAGGGUGAGAGUUCACCUUAGGGUUUUGAGAGGGUGACAUUCAGGGCAGAGAAGCCUAUUAAGGACUGCGAGAGGGGAGUGUCGAGAGUCGAGAACGAGAAGUGUAGAAUUAGGAAGAAUUCAGGUAUGAGGAGCUAUCCUUGGGUGUUUCGUUUUGCUUGUAUGUAUGUGAUGCAUUCUUGAUUCUGUCACGAACAUGGUCAGAGAUGCUACUCUGUUUGGUUGUUGAUAUGAUACUGUUAUAAUGUGUUGGCUGUUUCUAAUGAACGAGUUUCAUUUGUUAGUGAGUGAGGAGAGUAUUUCUUAUGAUUUUAUAAGAUAAUAAAUUAAUAAAAUAAAAUUAGGUGGAUUGGUGAGUCAAUUUGACUUACCACGGGUUCAAUCCGGAUGAACUGGAUUGAAAAUUGACUUGCAUUAAAAAAAAAACAUUUUUUUCAAAUCUAAUCCGGCCCGAAUAUGUGGUGGGCCUGGGUUGGUCCACGAGUUGUAAUCUAUUUUAACAGCUCUAAUCACAUAUUUGUUUGGCUUCCCACCAAGUGAGGACAAAAGGGUACAACUUUAUACUGGUUUUGAGCACCUUUUGUUUUCAUUUUUUGUUUUUUUUUUCUAAUGUUUGGAGUUGAAAAUUAUCUUUUAAUUGCAGGUGUAUGGCUGUCAAUUUUUAAGUUUGUUUUUUAAAUUUGGUUUUAGAAGCGGAUUUUUAAGGAGGGAUUUGUUUUUUUAGGAUAAUGUUGCCAUUGAAAGUGUGGCUGAUGAGGUUUGGACCUAGUUUUGUAGUUUUUUUGUAACCAGUGGAUGUAAUUCCUAGUGGCUCUUUGUGCAAUUGACUGGGAAAUCAUCUGGAUUGAUGCCAUCGUGUUGUUUUUGUGAUGAUUUUUUUGUGAUUGUCAAACUGAAAUUCUUUGCAGCUCUUUCUUGCAGAGAUGAGUGUAGAUUCCAUUUUCAAUGUUAUCAUCAGGUGAUUUGAUUAAGCUAAAUCAAAUCUGUUGACGACUGAGCAUGUGAUGUAGUGUCAAAUGGUUCCAAAGUAGGUUCCUUUGUCGUUCUACUAUUCAGUGUCAAAUGGGCAAAAGGAAUAAAAGAUUAAAUGGAAUCUUGUUAUCAAUAGUUGGUUAUGGGUUGUUUACACACUUGAUCUGCAGACCCUCCAACUGUUUCUGAGACAAAGUUAAAUUUUCUCAAGGAAUAUAAGCGACCAAUUUCAAAUUUCAACAAUACGGUGCUGCAAGAGCUCUUUGUUCAGCAACAUUUAAUGAGAUACAAGAGAUCAUAUCGCUAAGAUGCCGUAUUCGCCCUUGGCUUUGUCACUGUGUAUGAGCAACUCAUGGAAGGGUAUCCAAGUGAUGAGGAGAGAUUUAGUACAAUCAGAUGACUCUGCUUGAAUAAUAAAUUCUGAUGUAUUGUCUGUUGUUUGCAAUUUGACUGCAAUUGGAAGGUAUUAGACAAAGUUAUGCAACCAAUGUUUUGUCCUUUCUCACAGUAAAUUUUUGACUCUGACACUAUUAUUUUUUUGUGUACAUAUUUGUUCUUUUAUUACUCGUUUU